AUGGAGACUCUUAAAAAGAUCCUCGUCAGCACUUUGGAAGAUUUGGGGGAAGAGGACUUUAAAGACUUCAAGUGGACCCUGCAGCAGAAGGUCCUAGAUAUCCAAGGAAUCCCAAAGAGUCGGCUGGAGCAUGCAAACCGGAGAGCCACAGUGGAUCAGAUGUUUCUGAACUACGGCAUAAAUACGUUCAAAGUGACCAUAAUGGUUUUGGGGGAGAUAAAGCGGAAUGAUCUAAAGGAGAAAUUAUCAAAACACCCUUCAGAACCUGCAGAGAUUGUUUCUGAGUGCCAAACUGAACUCAAAUCAAGCCUGAAGAAAAAGUCUGAAUUCAUAUCUGAGAAAAUCUCAAAAAACGAAAAUGUAAAACCCCUGAAUGAAAUCUACACCGAGAUCUACAUCCAGAGGGGGGGGGGUGCAGAGGUCAACAUGGAACAUGAGGUCAGACAGAUUGAAAUAGCAUCCAGGAAACCAGACAGACCAGAAACAACCAUCAGACGAGAAGACCUCUUUAAAGCCUCACCUGGAAGAGAUGCACCAAUCAGAGUGAUGACAAAGGGAGUGGCUGGCAUUGGGAAAACAGUCUUAACACAGAAGUUCACUCUGGACUGGGCUGAAGGCAAAGCCCACCAGGACUUCCAGUUCAUAUUUCCAUUCACUUUCAGAGAGCUGAAUGUGCUGAGAGGGAACAAGUACAGCUUGGUGGAACUUGUUCAUCACUUCUUCUCUGAAACCAGAGACGCAGGAAUCUGCAGGUUUGAUCAGUUCCCGGUCGUGUUCAUCUUUGACGGUCUGGAUGAGUGUCGACUUCCUCUGGACUUCCACAACACUGAGAUCCUGACUGAUGUCACAGAGUCCACCUCAGUGGAUGUGCUGCUGACAAACCUCAUCAGGGGGAAGCUGCUUCCCUCUGCUCGCCUCUGGAUAACCACACGACCUGCAGCAGCCAAUCAGAUCCCUCGUGAGUGUGUGGACAUGGUGACAGAGGUCCGAGGGUUCACUGACCCACAGAAGGAGGAGUACUUCAGGAAGAGAUUCAGUGAUCAAAAGCAGGCCCGCACCAUCAUCUCCCACAUCAAGACCUCACGAAGCCUCUACAUCAUGUGCCACAUCCCAGUCUUCUGCUGGAUCUCUGCUACAGUUCUGGAGUACAUGAAAACCGGAGAGGGAGGAGAGCUGCCCAAGACCCUGACUGAGAUGUACAUCCACUUCCUGGUGGUUCAGUCCAAAGUCAAGAACGUCAAGUAUCAUGGAGGAGCUGAGUCAGAUCCACACUGGACUCCAGAGAGCAGGAAGAUGAUGGAGUCUCUGGGAAAACUGGCUUUUGAGCAGCUGCAGAAAGGCAACCUGAUCUUCUAUGAGUCCGACCUGACAGAGUGUGGCAUCAAUAUCAGAGAAGCCUCUGUGUACUCAGGAGUGUUCACACAGGUCUUUAGAGAGGAGAGCGGACUGUACGAGGACAAGGUGUUCUGCUUUGUCCAUCUGAGCAUUCAGGAGUUUCUGGCUGCUCUUCAUGUCCAUCUGACCUUCAUAAAGUCUGGAGUCAACCUGCUGUCAGAAGAACCAACAACCUCCCAGCAGUAUGAGGUCAAACCUGAACUAACACAUCUCUACCAGAGUGCUGUGAACAAGUCCUUACAGAGUCCAAACGGACACCUGGACUUGUUCCUGCGCUUCCUCCUGGGUCUUUCACUGCAGACCAAUCAAAAACUUCUACGAGGCCUGAUGACACAGACAGGAAGUGACCCAGACACUGAAGGGAAAACAGCGGAGUACAUAGUAGAGAAGAUGGAUGAGGAUCUGUCUCCAGAGAGAAGCAUCAACCUGUUCCACUGUCUGAAUGAACUAAAUUAUCAUUCUCUAGUGAAGCAGAUCCAAUGGUGCCUGAAAUUAGGAAUUAUUUCCACAUAUAAUCUGUCUCCUGCUCUGUGGUCAGCUCUGGUCUUCAUCUUACUGUCAUCAGGAAAAGAUCUGGACGUGUUUGACCUGAAGAAAUACUGUGCUUCAGAGGAGGCUCUUCUAAGGCUGCUGCCAGUGGUCAAAGCCUCCAACAAAGCUCUACUGAGUGACUGUAACCUGUCAGAGAGAAGCUGUGAAGCUCUGUCCUCAGUUCUCAGCUCCCAGUCCUCACGUCUGAGAGAGCUGGACCUGAGUGACAAUGACCUGCAGGAUUCAGGAGUGAAGCUGCUGUCUGCUGGACUGGAGAGUCCAAACUGUGAACUGGAGACACUCAGACUGAGUGGUUGUAACCUGUCAGAGAGAAGUUGUGAAGUUCUCAGCUCCAAGUCCUCUUGUCUGAUUGAGCUGGACCUGAGUAACAACGACCUGCAGGAUUCAGGAGUGAAGCUGCUGUCUGCUGGACUGGAGAGUCCACACUGCAAACUCGGAACUCUAAGUCUGUCAGGCUGUCUGGUCACAGAGGAAGGCUGUGUUUCUCUGGCUUCAGCUCUGAGUUCCAACCCCUCCCACCUGAGAGAGCUGGACCUGAGAUACAAUCAUCCAGGAGACUCAGGAGAGAAGCUGAUAUGGAGACUCGAGACACUCAGGAUGGACCAUGGUGGUCUGCAGUGUUUGAAACCUGGUCUGAGGAAGUAUGCCUGUGAACUGAAGCUGGCGACACGUGUGUGGAAGGAGCAGCCAUAUCCUGAUCAUCCAGAGUUUGACUUAUUGGAACAGCUGAUGUGUAGAGAAGCUCUGACUGGACGCUGUUAUUGGGAAGUCGAGUGGAGAGGAGAGGUUGAUAUAGCAGUGACUUACAGAGGAAUCAGCAGGAGAGGAGACGGAAAGGACAGUUUGUUUGGAGAGAAUGAUCAGUCCUGGAGUCUGAGAUGCUCUAAAUGGGGUCACUGUGUCAGCCACUCAAAUAUAAAAACAGACAUCCCCUCCUCCUCCUUCUCCUCCUCCUCUGGUAGAGUAGCAGUGUAUCUGGAUCAUCCUGCUGGCUCUCUCUCCUUCUACAGAGUCUCCUCUGACACACUGGUCCACCUCCACACCUUCAGAACCACAUUCACUGAACCUCUCUAUGCUGGGUUUGGGUCAGGGUUCUCGUUUUGUGUUGAUUCCUCUUCGGUGUCUCUGUGUCCUCUGCAGGUCUGAGAGUCAACAUGUUCAC